GCCGGAGACACAUUUCGCUGCAACACUAAGAUGGAAACUGUCCAGUCCUACUCUUCUGCCUCAACAACAAGUGAGGCAGGACUCGGACCUCUGCGCGAGGAUCAAAUGGAAACGGUUGAGGCAGGACUCGGACCUCUGUGCGAGGGUCAAAUGGAAACGGUCGAGGCAGGACUCGGACCUCUGCGCGAGGAUCAAAUGGAAACGGUUGAGGCAAGACUCAAGGCAGGACUCGGACCUCUGCGCAAGGGUCAAGUGGAAGCGGUGCUUCAGACUGUGAUAUCCAGUACCAUGAACACGAGUAGGGCUACAUGGAUUCCCCUCCUAAAUCAAGCUGAGGCGGGCGUAACGAGUCUUUGGGAUGCACUCUUUCUGAGCGUUAUGAGUACUCUUCACGCCGGACUGAAUGUGGCCCGUGCAGAUGUCGUUCACGUUGCCCAACUACAAGCAUUCCUGAAUAAUUUCAGCACUGCCGAGCGCAGGGAAUGUGUCGAUAUAAUCGUAAAGACUCUCAAAAACUCUGAGUGGACCCCUUUGAUCGAGUAUGCAGCAUUGAAGCUGCGAGUUACUGAAUCUCCGAGAUCCAAUUAUAUUAUGAUCGAUAAUAAGUUUGGUGUUGCAAGAGGCCUUGCUGAGGCCUACCGUACACGGUUCAUUGGAGAUGCUGCUUACGCAUUCAUUCAGCAUCUCGAGGAGAUCGACAAGGAGCCGGGCAACUCCAGGAAACCACGUUAUGCCAAAGCCAUCUCAAUUAUUCAAAGCUCUGGGACCGGAAAAUCACGAAUGCUCACGGAGGUUGGCACACAAAUCUUUACCCUCCCCAUCUGUCUUCGUGGCGCCUGGGAUCCGGGAUAUCCGUUAUCAGAUACCCCCGUGUUUGACUACUUCCAAUCCCUGAAGAUCAAGUGCGGGGAUAAUGAUUGGAGCAUUAGCGCACUGGGGGGCAUUACUAGUUUCCUCGCAGCCGCACACGAGACAAUGCUGACCUCGCUCCAAAACAUUCUUACUGAGGAGAAAUGCGAGAAAGCAGAAGUCCUCGGACAUUGGCACGAGAUGAUGGAGGGAGGCAGAGCAAGAAUUUAUCGGAGGAAGUUUUUCGGAGUUGUGAUAGAGCGGGCCAACGAGUUAAAAAAUGACUAUUCUACGACCCAGAAGAGCCCCAAGCGCGAAGAUGAGAACGAAGAUUAUGACGCAAUCGGGCACGCCAGAGACUUUUAUCAUCGACAUGCAAAAGCAGCCGUUGGCAACCUCGUGGAGUUCAUCAAGAGCCUUACCUCUAACCCACUAUGCGUGACAUAUUUCGAUGAAGCUCACGAGCUGGGGAAAUGUUUCUGGAUUAUGUUACGUUUAUUGCAAAAUCAAGAUGAUUCCAUAAAAAUGUGGUACAUCUUUAUGGGAACAAAAUCAAGCUUAACAGAUUUUGCACCUCCUCAAAACAUGAUAUCCGCAAGACUCCGAAAGGAAGUGCGUCGACUGGAGCCCCCCUACUUUGCUCUCGAUUUUGAUCAGUAUGCUAUCGAGGAGGCCAAAACUUCGAAAAUUUCGACUAUUGGUCAUCUUGGAACAUUGCACCAUCUCGCCCAAUACGGGCGGCCAUUGUGGCGUGCGAUGUCGCCCGAGGUGGGUGACGGACUGGUGGAUCUUGCUGUCUGGAAGCUCAUCGCUGGUGAAGAAUUUAAUGCCGGCAGUCGGGAUCAUGUGUUUGCUGUGCUUGCACAGCGGAUUUGCCUCGAUCCUGUUCUGUCAAAUGCUGAGGCCAUCGAGUUGGCUAAUCGGAGUGUCUCCCAUCAUAUGAGACUCCUCGCAGGCAUCUCGACUGAGAACGCGAUGUUUUUCACCCAUUCACCAUCGGAACCAAUUCUGGCUUUGGGUGCGGCAUCGAUAUUGUAUGAUCCUGACCCCAUGGCCUCUGGGAGGUUGCCUCAAGUCCUGAGGACGUUGAGCCAAGAUUUGUGCCAUGCUGGUUUAAUCGAAAAAGGUCUUAUGGGUGAACUUGCUGCCCGUUUCCUCCUUCUCACUGCACGUGACUAUGCUGCCCCAAGUCAGGAAGGACACCGUAACCUGCGAGAUCCUGUUCCCCUGUUGGGCUUUCUGCAAAGUCUUUUUGGUCCCAUUAUUUGGGAUGCCUUCCAGGAAUCUUUCAGUAAUGCAUUUGUCAACUUCACACAUUGGGCUGUCACAAGGGACUUCUUACCUGAGAUGCCUCCUCGGAACUUACUUCCUAACCUCUGGGCUCGGGGCACCAUAUUGCAAUGCUGUUUCAAUCAAUCAUCAAUUGAUUUCUUAUGCCCCAUCUAUUUUGGCUCUGUCGAGCCAGAAGAUGUUUUUGAUCCUGACAAGCUGUCGGGACUUGUUGUCCAGGUCAAGUACAAAAAAGGAGAUACAAGUGCUGAGAACAACCUGCGACCUGCCGGAAUCAUCCGUGAUCGCAAAGCCCCCCUUCCUUAUCUUGCCCUGCUGAUGGAGCUUGGUACUGAGUCCAAGUACUGGGGAAUCGCAAUGGUCACAUACCAAGCCCCCAAGCAUUUCCAGCCCUCGGAAUAUCAAGAACUGAAGGCAGAAUGUGAGUCUGCCUGGGAUAAUUUGUCCCAACACAAAGAGGAACAUCCAAAAGAUGAAACAGUUUUGAAGAAGCUGAAAGCACAGGCUCAAGGCAAGCAGCUGGAAAUGGACUUAUACAACUGCUACCUGAUCUCGGCCCGAGGUGCAAGUGAAAACACUUAUCCCAUACUAAGAACAGCAGGAAUCACAAAUGAAUUCAAGACCUUCCUUGACAUUGUUGUACCUCAGGCAUCAUCCAAGGAGCCUCUCAUUGGACACAUGCGACCUCUGGAUUGCUUUGGGGGGGACUUUCCACAGUCUCACUGGAUGUCUGAUUAUGGGAGGUAGUGAAGGAAGAUUUCUUGUUGGG